UGAGUUUGGCCAGGAAAAAUGCAACUAUGGCCAUGACCCCGUUUGGGUGCGUCGGUCCCCCUUUUCAUUUAGAGAUUUGCCUGCAUCAGCAGCUGCUGCUGCAGCAACAGCAGCAACAGAAGCUGCAGCAGCAGCAGGAGUCGUAGCAGCGACAACCUCCACUGGAAAGGUAGCCAUUCUAAGGUACUUGCCGAUCCUCUGCUCGAGGGCUGCUGCAGCUGAGUCGGCCGCAGCAGCAGCAGCAGCAGCAGCAGCAGCAGCAACAGCAGGUGCAGCACUGCAUGCAGCAGCAGCAGCACCGGCAACAGCGGCUCCCACGGAUUUAGGCGCAGCAAAGGGGAGUGCGGCUGCCGCGGCGGCAGUGGCGGCUGCGGCGGCAGCAGCAGCAGCAGCAGCAGCUGCUGCUGCUGCUGCUGUAGUCAAAGCUGCUGCAGCAAAACCAGCAACAGCAAAAGCCGCAGCAAGGCCCUGCAGCUCUUCCUGCAUCUUCGCACAUAGCCAAGACGAAAUAAAUUACCAUCCCUUGGUGUACAAGCGUACCUCUUGUGCUGAUUUCCAUAGCAGCUCUAGCAGCAGCAGCACGUGCAUCAGCAGCUGCAGCAGCAGCAGCUGCAGCAGCAGCAGCAGUAACUGCAGCACGUGUGAAGUUUAUUACUGCCACAAGAUCCACGGGCCUCGAGAAGAGCGAAAGCCGCGGCUGUUUCUGCUGCUGCAUCGAUCAGCAGCAGCAGCAGCAGCGGCAGCAGCAGCAGCAGCUUUCGCCCCCUUCGUGCUGCCAGCGGAGUUGUGGGGCGGCUCUCUUGUGUUCAGAAAGUCUCCCUUCAAGACGCAAGCAGUACGGGUUCCUAGAAUAGGGCUCCCCUCCAGCAGGCAGCAGCAGCAGCAGCAGCAGCAGCAGAAUUGGCAGCAGUGGCAGCAGCAGCGCUUGUGUGGUGCACGGGGCAAUGCGUCGAGAGAGCCCUUUCCGAAGGCGCUGGCGACGAGAGGCAGCAGCAGCAGCAGCAACGGCUGUGGUGGCAGCAGCAGAACAGCUGCUAGCGCAGCAGUUGCUCCGAGGCAGCAGCAGCAGCAGCAAAUUCACCAGAAGCAGCAAAGCUACCAGCAGCAGAUGCAGAGCCGCAGCUUGCCGCAGCGUUUGACGCUGUGCGGUGCUGCUGCUGUCCCCUACAGAGUCACUUGUUCGAGCGGUGUUGCUCCUGCAGCAGCAGCAGCAGCAGCAGCAGCAGCAGCAGCGCCAACAGCAGCAUUGGAAGCAUCUCAACGGGUAGGCAGGCACAGGUUUUCCGCUUCGCAUCUACCAUCGGCAGCAGCAGCAGCAGCAGCAGCAACAGCAACAGCAGGAGGGUCUGCACUUAGUUCAGGCCCCUCGCACUUCCGCAUUGCUGAUGCUGGCAUAGGGCAGAAGCUGCAGCAGGUGCAGCAAGUGUAUCAGCAGCAGCUGCAGCAGCAGCAGCAACAGAUAUACCAGCAGCAGCAAGACCAAACAUGUCUGGAGGGCUUCUGGGAGCAGGUAGAAGGCAUUGGAUGUCAUAUGGCUCUGCUGCAGCAGCAGCAGGAGCUAUUCGUAUUUUCGGCAGCAAAAGUGCAACCACUAGCAGCAACAGCUGCUGCUGCUGUUGCUGCAGUGGGAAAGGAAGAAGCGUCCGAGCAUGAGUCCCCGAAAAUUGCGGGUGCUGCAGCAGCAGACGUCUUGACAGCCUGGCAAAUGCAUGCAACAUCAGAAGCAGCAGCACCAGCAACAGCAACAACAGCAACAGCAGCAGGAGUGUGUGUCUCUGCCGCUGGUGCCCCCACUUGUGCUUCUGCGAGCCAUGGCAAGGCCCCCCUACCAUCGUCGAUAACCCUGAGCAGAGCAUGCAGCAGCAGCAGCAGCUGCUGCAGCAGCAGCAGCAGCCACUGUGACUGGUCCAGCAACAGCCGUUUUUGCUGUCCAUUCUACACCGUGGGCGGCUGCUGCAGCGAGCAGCUGCAGCAGCUGCAGCAGCAGCAGCAGCACCGUUUGCUGAAUACUUGGUCUUGGCAGCCUCAGUCCCGCCAGGGGUUGCAGCUGCGGCUGCAGCUACAGCAGGAAUUUCUUGCUGCAGUACCGCGUGCGCCGCCAGGAGCACUGAGUGCAGCAGCAGCUGCAGCAGCAGCAGUGGAAGCUCGGGCAGCAGCAAAAAUAGCAGCACGUUUUGAUGUGGAAGAAUUUCCACCAAAUCCCGGAGAGUCCCCUAUUCGUUUUCUUCCUUUGAAUAAAGCAGCAGCAGCAGCCGCAGCGGAAGCGUCAGCUGCUGCUGCUGCUGCUGCUGCUGCUGCUGCUGAAGAAAGCAGUAGCCACAGACACUGGCUCUCACGCAGCAGCAGGUUAACCCCCCAGACUCUCAUCCAAGAGCAGCAGCAGCAGCAAGCAAACCGCGCGCAGCGUGACAGUAGCGGAGGGCUUUUGACUCCCUGUGGAGACGCAGCAGCAGCAGCAGCAGCAGCAACGGAAGAAGCCGCAGCAACAGAAGCAGGAGCAGCUGCAGAAGCAGCGGCAGCAGCAGACAUUUUCUGGGAGCAGCACUUACGGCCUCAACUGGAGAGUCUUCUAGCGAGCGACAGCAGCAGGUGCAGCAGGAGCAGGAGCAGCAGCAGUGGCAGCAGCAGCAGCAGCAGAAGCAGCGGCGAGUGCAGCAGCAGCAGAAGCAAGGAAGCAACUUGCUGCAGAAAGGCAGCGGGCAUCCUGUACGGAGCAGCAGCAGCAGCAGCAGAAGCAGCAGAAGCAGCAGCAGCAGCAGCAACAGCAACAGCUGCAGCAGCAGCAGCAGCAACAGCAACAUCAACAGCAGCGGCAGUUCCCUCUCUAGCACAGCUGGAGGCACUGCCGUUGUUGACUUCCGUGCAGGCAUGA